AGUGUUUGGGCAGCGCGUGGCCCUCGACUCCUCGAGCCCGUCGCAACCGAGCCGCAGGAUCGCGAGAUGCGCCCGGUCUCCGGGUUGGCCCCGAGGCCCCCGACAGUGCUAGGGACCACCGAGCUCGUCCCGUUGACGUCCGUCUACGCCCCUGGGCCCAGACUCGCAGAGGCUGUUGGCCAGUCAUGAGGCAUAGAACGCGCGAGCCAAGGGAUACGCGAAGCUACGAGAGGACGAGAAGCGUAAGGAUCGGCAGGAGUCAGCGAGUAAUCUAAGAUGGUCGUCGAUUGGCUGUGUCCGGGACUCAGGCCUUCCGGCAGCCGCAGGCCCAGGCUCCUACACUGCAAGGUCAUCCUCCUCGACGAGCACGAGCUCCUCCAGGACAUACUCAGCUCGAAUUUGGGACAGGAGCUGCUGGACAGGGUUUUCCGGCACCUCAAUCUCCUGGAGACAGCUUACUUCGGACUACGUUAUCUCGACCAUGACAAUCAAACGCAAUGGCUCGACCCGAGUAAGAAGAUUGGCAAACAGCUCAAGCCGAAGAAGGGAGACAUCAAUCCAGACGCGCAUACGCUCUAUUUCUGCGUUAAGUUCUACGCGGCGGAUCCCUGCAAGCUCAUCGAGGAAAUCACCAGAUAUCAAUUUUUUUUGCAAGUCAAGCAGGAUAUACUUCAAGGAAGACUUCCGGUUUCUUUUGACCUUGCCGCUGAACUUGGUGCUUAUGUCGUACAAUCCGAACUCGGUGAUUACGAUCCGAGGCGCCACUCCUACGGCUAUGUAUCCGAGUUCAGAUUUCUGGCGAAUCAAACGUCGGAGCUCGAAGCACGGAUAGUCGAGUUACAUAAAACUCUAGUAGGACAGUUACCAUCAGCCGCAGAGCUGAAUUACUUGGAUAAGGUGAAAUGGCUGGAGAUGUACGGCGUCGAUCUUCAUCCGGUACUGGGGGAGGACUGCGUCGAAUACUUUCUCGGUCUGACGCCAAGCGGCAUUAUUCUCCUGCGCAACAAGACCAAAGUCGGCAACUAUUACUGGCCGCGCAUCAACAAAAUCUACCACAAAGGCAAGUACUUCAUGCUGCGGGUGAGCGAGAAGAACUCGGCCGACCGCACCCACGGCUUCGAGACGCCAUCCCGGGGCGCGUGCAGCCACUUAUUCCGCUGCUGCAUCGAUCAUCAGGCCUUCUUUCGGCUGAUGGCCACGGGGCCGCCGCCACUGAGCCCGUACUCCCGCUUCCGGUCCUACAGUCCGCCGAUGAGCGCCGCCGCCUGCGCGGCCAUUGGCGAGAAGCAGCAACAGCCGAGCGGCUUGAGGCGCAUGGCCCAACCGAGCUUCCAGCGGAUGCCCAGUCGCCGAGCCCAGCGGCGAGUCGUCGAGGGUCAGGAGAUGGUCGCGGGUUUCGUCGAGGGGCCGAGCACUCAGGCGGCCCAGGGGCCCCCUAUCGGCCAGAGCCAGAACUGCCUGGCUCACGGGGGCAGCGUCGCCUCGCGAAACAACCCGAGUCCCAGGAGCACGAGGAGCGCACCCUGGACCCAGAGCCAGCCGAGAGGCCUCUAUACCUCCUCGAGCCCGAGGUCUGUCAGAUCCUGCGGCACCGCACCAGCUCUCCUGAAUCGACUGAAUCGAAGGAGCAGCUCGGUGGAGAGUCAGAGUUCCGCUGAUAGUCAUAGCCGAGGGCAUCGGCGAAGGAGUCAUAGUCGAAGCCACCGGAAGCACAAUCGCCAUUCCGAUUGCGAGUCGCAACUUUCCCGUGGCUCGACGCAAAAGUCCGGGCACAGGAAGCACCGCCGAAGACAUAGAAGUUCCCGGCACUCCAAUAGGCACGAAAUGGUCGACUCUGCGCCACAGUGGCGGGAGGCACAGCGGCGGAAAGGCGAAAUAAUCCAAAGGGCCGUUAUCAGCACGACCGAGCCGAGAAGGAGGCACAGAAGCAAGCACAGGAGUCCCUCUUCUAAACACGCCUUACCGGACGAGUUGAGAAAACACUUGGAGUUCAGCCUAGUCGACACGUCGGGCAUGAGCGAACAGCAGCGCCGUGAAAUCGCUUACACAGUCGUCCAGUCUCAACUCGCUCAUCAUCGCCAGCAGCAGCAGCUUCAUCAUCAGCAACAGUUGCAACAGCAGCAGCAGCAGCAGCAGCAGCAGCAGCAGCAGCAUCCGCAACAACAGCAACAACAUCAGCAGCAACAACAACAGCAACAACAUCAGCAGCACCAGCAACAGCAUCAGCAUCAGGCACAUCAGCAUAAUCGCCACUACCAAAUGCCACCGCCAUAUCAGCAACAAAAUCAACAGAAUCACCAGCAGCAGAAUCAACAGGGCGUGCUUCAGGCGAGCAACUCGCACUUGGAUGAGGUGGUGGAUACCGCCUCGUCAGCGGCUAGAGCCGUGGGCUUCUCGGUGAAGAAAGACCGUAGGACUGUGUAUCAGUGCCACGAAAGUACAACGAAUAACUUUGCCGUGCUGACGCGCAUGAGCAGUCGGGUCGAGCCGAUAAUCCAUGGGAGCAGGCACGACCUGGUCUACUCCUCGAGAAAGGAGUCCUCCUCCUCGUCCUCGCUCGGGUUGGCCCGCGGCGGCAGCGUCUGCCGGCUCAUCGGCGCCAAUGCGGACAGCGGCCUCGGAGAGAGCACCACACAGGAUUUUUCCAGCUGCUGCUCGAGCUCGGCCGACAGUGCCAAGCACACGCGCCCCACAACACAAAGGCAUUUAGAUGAAGACGGAUAUUAUAAACUUCCUUCCGAUACUUCCAAGCACAAUUAUCUUCAUAGUGACGCAACAUUGGAUGCUGUACUUCAGCCAAUCAUAUCUACAUUAACCCGGAGACGUCGGACCAAACCAAAGUAAGUCGCAGAGACAAUGACGCAUACCUAUCUGCCGCUGAAUCUGAAGUGCACAUAUUGUAUAUUCCCUUUCGAAGUGAACAUUUUUUACACCUCGAUUAAAUAAAAGUCUAUAAUCCCACAUAAAUCGUAUUUUUAUUAUUUAAAUAUAGUUAACUUUAAUAUUACAUAAUAGUGAUAUGUAACAAUCUUAGUUUAACUAUAUUUCACGUUUAUCUCUGCCCGCAUAAAGUAUUGACAUAACAUAUUGUAUCAAAGUCGAGAUGCUUAACGAACAAAUUUCUAUUUGAGCUUAUUACGUGGCCUUUAGCUUUAACUAAUUACAUUCCAUCACAUUAUAAUAUCGCCUAUCUUAAAGCUGCGAUCGAAAUUUUAAUUAACAUAUUGUAUCUAAUAACAAAUAGUUUCGCUUAUUCGUUACUCGAGUGAGAUUAAAUUUUCUUAUUUUUCUCUCGUGUCUAUCUGAAAUUCUUAU